AUGUCCCACGACGACGACCUAGUUCCCGAGACGAUCGAGGGUUACAACGUCGGCGAGAAGAAGACAAUCGCCGAGUACGCCAAGUUGGAUGCCGAGGACGAGCUGUUGGCGAAGUGGAAGGCGUCGUUGGGGAUCACCCCGGGGGCGCUGGUGGUGCCGGUGAAGCCUGGCGACAAGCGCACGGUGGUGAUCACCGAGAUGGGGCUCGAGUUCCCCGACCAAAACAUCGCUCCCAUCCGCAUCAACUUGGAAGACGCCAACGGUAACACCUUGGACAAGGAGAUCAAGUUCUCGAUCAAGGAGAAGCUGGUGUACCAAUUGUACGUGCGCUUCCGCGUCCAACACGAGAUUAUUACUGGCUUAAAGUACUUGCACUCGGUCAAGAAGGCCGGGAUCAGAGUGGACAAGGUUGAAGAGCCGUUGGGGUCGUACGCGCCCAACACCACCGACAAGCCCUACUACGAGCGCAAGUUUCCCGAGGUCGAGGCGCCGCUGGGGAUGUUGGCGCGGGGCAACUACUCGGCCACGACCAAGUUUAUCGACGACGACCGCACCGUCCACUUGCAAUUCAACUGGAGCUUCCAGAUCACUAAGUAG